AGGUUACAGUCCGACUGCAAUCUAUCCGAUGGACGAGACAACGCCCCCUCCUCCUCCAAACGAGGCCUCGCCACCACCACCACCGCCUAUCACAACCUCGGGAUCUCCAACUGAUUUCUUGAAGGGCGUAGUAGGGAAAAGGGUCAUCGUUCGUCUCACAUCGGGAGUGGAUUACCGCGGUGUGCUUUCAUGUCUUGAUGGAUACAUGAAUAUUGCCUUAGAGCAGACUGAAGAACACGUGAAUGGCACUCUCACUAAUCGCUACGGCGAUGCUUUUGUUCGGGGAAAUAAUGUACUGUACAUCUCCGCCGCAGAAGCUCUGUAACUUUGUAUCUCGAUGCUCACUGCAUCCGUGUGGUGUAUCUAUAAUAUUUCUUCCAUGUGCUAACGAAAAUCAAAUGGUGCUCUGAUACCUUCUUUCACCUUACAACUUAAACAGCGAUCAGCGGGUUGUCAAGUUGGCAGGUAAGAUUGCCUACGU